AUGACUCAACGUAAUCAAUUGGACAGUCGGAACAACGAAAAUCGAACGAAGCUUACAGUUACUAUCAAUCCAAAUAUGCUAGGCGCCAAACGUCUUUUUAACUUGGCAUGCUCUUCUUUGUCUUAUAAUAAGUCCAGGAAUCAGCAACAAGUCUCACGGUCAGAAAUAUCAACUAGUAGUAAGAAGCUAGAUGAGUUUGCUAAUUGGAUGUGUUCAUGGUCAAUUGAACAAUCAUUAUGGUCAAGUACAACCUAUCAAAAUGCUUUAUUAACAUAUAUCGAUGAACUCGAUGUACUCAAUGAGUUAAUUCAAAAAACAAAACAAAGACAGGACGCUCAAAUGUCACUUAAUAAAUGGGAAGAUAAUUCUCGAAUCAAUCGUCGUCUCAAAGAUCUAAAAGUAAUCUUUGAAUUCAAUGGUAAUUAUCAAUCAUCGAAUCAUCCAUUCAAUGUGACACCAACCGGUUUACAACAGAUUAUAGAUCGACAAAAGAUAAAAUCCUACUUCGAUUUAGGAUGUGGAGACGGAACUAUUACAGCUGGCAUCGGAACUUAUUUAGGUUUGACUAAAGAAAAUAUUUUCGGAGGUGAUGUAUUCGAAGGACAAAACAAUGUAAUUACAUUUGUUAAACUCAAUGAAAAUCAAUCGAUUAUCAAUCUUCCUUCUAAUCAUGUUGAUCUCAUUACUUCUUUUGUUACAUUUCAUCAUAUAGCUCAACUUGAAAAGACACUUACUGAACUUGUUCGUAUUCUUCGAACUGGAGGUUAUCUUAUUUUACGUGAACAUGAUUGCAAAAAUGAAUAUUCAUUAUCAGCUAAAUAUCUUAAUUUUGUUCAUGCUAUUAUGAUGAUUGCACGAGUUGGAGAAUUUGCUGAUUCUCCAAAUAAUUAUAACAAUAAAAAUCAACAUAUAUUAGAUGACUAUGAAAAUACUACAGAUAAUUGGACACAACAAAAGUCACGUAUUAUUGAAUAUAUAAAAUCAAUUCAUUAUCGAACAUGUGAUGAAUGGCAACAGCAACUUAAAAAUUUUGGUUUUCAUCUUUGUGCUACAUUGUAUUAUGGUGGUGAUGGUUCUAGUAAUCCUCAGAAACUAUUUUAUGCUGUUUAUCAAUUGGAUAAAAAAUAA